GAGUUGUGAGAGUACUUCCGGGUUCUGAAGUCAGCUGAGAGUUGGAUGACAACUGUUACAUCACCAGUAGUAAAAACUCCUGCCGCUACAAGUCCAACAAGUAUAAUCAGGUUUAUCUGUGACCUUCUGACAACGUUAGAAUGCUGCCCAUAGUCUUCGUAACAGGUUUUGGGCCUUUUGGAGAUCAUGAGAUCAAUGCCAGCUGGGUGUCCGUACAGGAGAUGGCAAAGAUGGGUCUGGGAGAGGAGGUGGACCUGAGAGUGGAGGAGCUGCCAGUGGAGUAUCAGGCAGUGAAACAAACAGUACCGACGUUAUGGAAGAAGUACAAACCCAAGCUGAUGGUGCACGUUGGUGUCUCUGGUCUUGCCAGAACCAUCACCCUUGAGCAGGUGGCCCACAACUCUGGUUAUGAGAGACUGGACGUCCAGUGUAAGUGUCCUGACUCCAGGUGUUGUGUGGACGAUGGAGAUGACACCCUAGUGUCUAUCCUGGACAUGGAGGACAUCUGUUCCAGAGUGAACCAGACAGAGACACAGGGAACACCUGUAGUGGCCUCUUAUGAUGCUGGCAGGUAG